GGAGCGCAGAGUGAAGCUGACAGGCACAGAGCGAGCGGGCAGCCCACCCCCACCCCACCCCAACCCCACAGCUCCACACAGGGCAGCCAGGCACGGCACGGCACGGCACGGCACGGCAACCCACACCGGCAAACCAUGGCAGACACGCACAGCCUUCACCUGAGAGCCAUCGAAAACUCCACCACGCAGUUUUUGGAAAUUUGGCACCAUUACGACAACGCUGGUCGCGGAUAUAUCGAAGGGAGAGAGCUGCAGAGUUUCAUUCGCGAACUUCAGCAAGCUCGGAAAGCCACCGGCUCGGAAUUAUCUGACGGGAUGAAAGCUUUGGUGGAGAAAUACGAUCAGAGUGCUGAUGGAAAAAUAGAGAUGGCAGAUCUUGCUCAGAUUCUACCAACAGAAGAGAACUUCUUCUUAUUCUUUCGGCAACAAUUAAAGUCCAGUGCAGAGUUCAUGGAGACUUGGCGAAUAUUUGAUGCUGAUCAUAGUGGCUUCAUAGAGGCAGAUGAGCUAAAGAGUUUUCUUCGAGAUUUACUAAAGAAAGCAAAUCGGCCAUUUGAUGAAGUGAAGCUGGAAGAAUAUACUCAGACAACACUCAAAAUGUUCGAUUCAAAUAAUGACGGGAAACUGGGACUGGCAGAAAUGGCAAGGUUACUUCCUGACAAAGAGAAUUUUCUCCUCAGAUUUCAGGGGGUGAAUAUGUCUUCAAAAGAGUUUGAUGAUAUCUUUGAAUUUUUCGACCAGGAUGGCAAUGGAUAUAUAGAUGAAAAUGAAUUAGAUGCCCUACUAAAACAUCUCUGUGAAAAGAACAAAGAGGACUUAGACAUUCAGAAUGUUUCCAUGUACAAGAAAAGCAUCAUGGCUUUGUCUGAUGGAGGGAAGCUCUUUCGGAAAGAUCUGGCACUAAUCCUCUGCGCUGAAGAGCUUUAAAUACAUUUUAUGUUCUCAUCUGCUUGUGAUUUGUGUGAAGAAAACUGUGUGCUAAAAGGGUGUAGAUAUGCUUUCCUUUUACUUAUAAAGUUUACUGACUGCAUAUAGAUUAAUC